AUGCGAGGCGUUUGGGUAAUUUUACUGGCAGCCUUUUUGGGUCUACAAAAUCGCAGUGAAAGUGCACCAUUGACAAAAUGGUUUAAGACCGAUAAUGCAACUUAUUUUAUUGAAACCGAACAAAAGUUCACCUGGCAGCAAUCCUUUGCCGAAUGCAAAUCCAAAAAUCUAAACUUAUUAACCCUGAAACAAUUUAAUGACGAUGUCCUAUUGAAUGAAUAUCUGAAACAGGCUUUUGGUCCCAUACCAGAAUUUUGGCUUCGAUCUGAUGUGUCUGUGGAUCUUAACAAUAUUUUACCAUCGCUGACUGAGGAGUUCUUUAAAAUCAAAAUGGAAAAUAUUGAAAGUGCUGAUGUUCUUAAAGCUGACGAUCCCGAUAAUUGUGUCCUGACAAAGGACGGUUCCGCCAAGGGCUGUGACAUUAAGCACGGGUUCAUUUGCAUAUCGAGCGGUAGCGGUGAUUGUUUGGGUGGCCAAAACAUACAAAAUAUUGUGCUG